AUGGGUAGAGGUCGAGGAAAAGGGAAGAAACAAUCUGCUAUUGUUGAGGAUCUUGUAAGCGACGAAGAGGAUAAAGUACAAGCUCACAGGAAAAGAGGAAGACCGUUAAAACCGGUCAUGGAUGAAAAUGAAAACGAAGACAUUGUUGAAGUAACUGAGAAGAUCGAAAAAGGUGAGGAGAAUGUAAAUGGCAAUGUUUCCAACAAUGAUUUGAAAACCGAGGUUAUCACCGUGAAUAAAAGGAAAAGGAAGAGGUCUUCACAGGUUAAAGAAAAGAUAGAACCAAUGAAAGAGGAGAACGGCGUCCGAGCAAAGUCUAGCCCUACCGAUUCAGUGAAGUCUACUGGAUUCCGACAAAAUGGAAGCAGGCGUAAAAGCAAGCCUCGCCGCGCCGCCGAAGCUGGCGUAGAUUGCAAGUGA